GGAGGUUUAGAAUUAGGUUACACUGCAUGAUCAAAACUCAAAGUUUCCAUUGAAGUUUUUGCUGCUGUGAAAUAUGAGAUGCAUCAUUUCCAAACAUAAAUACGAGGUUUAGAAUUGCCUUUUUUGUUAAUUUUUAAACUUCUUGUUCAUUAUCUUAGGAACGCUAUAUGAUGUCUACAGAAUUGAUAUGACAUGCAUAUGACACAAUAGUCUUGGAAUACUGGAGAUUUACUUACGUGCAUAAACUGAACAUCAUGAAAAUGCAGAAUUUCCAGAUUUUGAGAUUAAUUUUACUUCUUAAUAUACCGCAGUGCUGGUCAAUUUUCACAACAACCGUGGGUGACACAUGUACUGCCGACUGGCAAUAUAGAGGUAGCCUUGGGGAAGACAAAUGGAGCACAUUCUGCCCUCAGUGCAAGGCUAACAUGCAGAGUCCCAUAUACAUUAAAGUCUCAUCUCUCUUGUAUGCACCCAACUUGGACCUGCUAUCUAUGGAGAACUACGAUAGCAUGAGAGAUAUACAAGUAACAAAUAUUGGAAGAUCAGUGAUGCUUGAUCUGCGGUCUGCCGGGGAAUAUUGGCUAUCUCGAGGCAACUUGCCAGGAAAGUACCUUGCCGAUCAGAUGCAUUUUCACUGGGGAUCAGAUAGUUCAAGAGGCUCUGAUCAUCGGGUAGAUGGUCGUCAGUUUCCUUUAGAGAUGCACAUCGUUUACGAUUUGAUGGAUCAGGUUAAAGACAGGGAGAUGAUUGCAGCGGUGUCUGUUCUUUUUGAGGUCUCAUCUGAGGAUAAUGCAGACCUACAGCCACUCAUCCAGGCGUUGUCAUUAAUCAAGACACAGGGACAAAAAACCACUCUUCCAUAUUUUAUGCUAUCAAAAUUUUUACCUCGGAACUUGAAGCGAUUUUAUCGUUACUAUGGUAGUUUAACGACACCUCCUUGUUUAGAAACGGUCGUAUGGACUGUAUUCAAAGAGACCGUGAAAGUUUCCGAGAGACAGCUUUCUGUGUUCCGAUCGCUCACAUAUAGAGACAAUGAAAGUGGACAAAAUCGCCAACUAGCAAACAACUUUCGUAAGAUUCAGUCAUUAAAUGGGAGAAUAGUGUAUAGUACCGAGGACAGAUCUGGGGUAACAGCAGGAGCGUUUGCAGCAAUAGGAUUAACAGUAGUCAUUCUAGUAAUUGGACUUGGGGCUUUCUUUGCUUUUGCUUGGCCUAAAUACAAAGCAAAGAAAAUGCGUGCUGAAGACAAGCAACCAAUAGUGGAAACAUCAAUACAAUAGGAAUAAACCCUACUAGAUGACCAGGUUUUGAUUUGACUAGUCUUAUUGUAAAAUCAUUUAUACAAAAAAUUCAAGUAAUAAAUCUGAUUCAUAGCAUUUCGUUUAGUGUUUAUAUAUACUAAAUUAUUUUCUGUAUACAUAGCUUCUAAAGCUUAAGGACGACGCAAAUAGUCUAUAGUUGUAUCUGUAAAGUGCUCUCAUUGUAUUUAGUAUACAAUGUGUGGAAGGCAUCGGGGUCUAAUAUAAACUAUAUGGAUGUGACUCACUCAGAAGAAGUGAGUAGCUCCCAUAAUACUAUCAUAUUCUUU